AUGGAGGCUGCGGCGGGCGGAGGCUGCGGCUCUGGGCCGCCGCCUCUGCUGCUGAGCGAGGGCGAGCAGCAGUGCUACUCCGAGCUCUUCGCGCGCUGCGCGGGCGCUGCAAGCGGGGGCCCUGUGACAGGGCCCCCCGAGGGCGCCAGGGUCCUUCUGAGCGCCGCCACUGCGGCUGCCGGUCCUGUGGCCGACCUGUUCAGGGCGUCGCAGCUGCCAGCCGAGACGCUGCACCAGAUCACAGAACUGUGUGGUGCAAAGCGGGUUGGUUAUUUUGGUCCAACACAGUUUUACAUUGCUCUGAAAUUAAUUGCUGCAGCACAGUCUGGCCUCCCUGUGCGGAUAGAGAGUAUUAAAUGUGAAUUGCCUCUGCCUCGCUUUAUGAUGUCAAAGAACGAUGGUGACAUACGAUUUGGGAACCCAACUGAGCUGCAUGGGACUAAGAUUCAGAUUCCAUACUUAACUGCGGAAAAAAAUUCCUUCAAAAGAAUGGACGAUGAGGAGAAACAGCAGGAAACACAGUCUCCCACGAUGUCACCCCUCGCCUCCCCUCCUUCUUCCCCACUUCAUUACCAGAGGGUGCCCUUGAGCCAUGGCUACAGCAAACUGCGGAACAGCACGGAACAGAUGCAUCCAGCUCCAUACGAAGCUAGACAGCCACUUGUCCAGCCUGACGGACCCUCAUCAGGGGCCCCAGGAACCAAGCCCCUUCGGCAUCAGGCUUCUCUUAUCCGGUCCUUUUCAGUGGAGAGAGAACUGCAGGAUCACAACAGUAAUUACCCUGAUGAGCCCUGGAGGAUAACAGAAGAACAGCGGGAGUACUACGUCAACCAGUUCCGAUCCCUUCAGCCUGAUCCCAGUUCCUUCAUCUCAGGUUCUGUGGCCAAGAACUUCUUCACCAAGUCAAAGCUUUCCAUUCCAGAACUCUCCUAUAUAUGGGAGCUGAGUGAUGCUGAUUGUGAUGGUGCCCUGACCCUGCCUGAGUUCUGUGCUGCAUUUCAUCUCAUUGUGGCCCGGAAGAAUGGCUACCCACUGCCCGAAGGGCUGCCUCCGACUCUGCAGCCAGAGUACCUGCAAGCAGCUUUUCCUAAGCCCAAGUGGGAGUGCGCAUUAUUUGAUUCUUAUUCUGAGUCAGUGCCAGCAAACCAACAGCCUCGUGACUUGAAUCGGAUGGAGAAGACGUCUGUGAAAGACACAGCUGACUUUCCUGUCCCUACCCAAGAUGUGACCAGUGAUGACAAACAAGCUUUGAAAAGUACUGUCAAUGAAGCCUUACCAAAAGAUGUUUCUGAGGAUCCAGCAACUCCUAAGGAUUCCAACAGUCUCAAAGCAAGACCAAGAUCCAGAUCUUACUCUAGCACUUCCAUAGAAGAGGCCAUGAAAAGGGGCGAGGACCCUCCCACCCCGCCACCGCGGCCACAGAAAACUCAUUCCAGAGCUUCCUCCUUGGAUCUGAAUAAAGUCUUCCAACCCAGUGUGCCAGCUACUAAGUCAGGAUUGUUACCCCCACCACCUGCACUCCCACCGAGACCUUAUCCAUCACAGUCUGAACAAGUCUCUGAGGCUGAGUUACUCCCACAGCUGAGCAGAGCCCCUUCGCAGGCUGGAGAAAGUAGUCCAGCAAAGAAGGAUGCACCAUAUUCUCAGCCGCCAUCAAAGCCCAUUCGUAGAAAAUUCAGACCUGAAAAUCAAGCUACAGAAAACCCAGAGCCUUCUACCAUUGUAGGUGGGCCAACUUCCACAGCAGCCAUGAAACCUCAUCCUACAGUCCAAAAGCAGUCUUCCAAACAGAAGAAGGCCAUUCAGACUGCUAUCCGCAAAAAUAAAGAAGCCAAUGCAGUGCUGGCCCGGCUGAACAGUGAACUCCAACAGCAGCUCAAGGAGGUUCAUCAAGAACGGAUUGCAUUGGAAAACCAAUUGGAACAACUUCGUCCAGUCACUGUGUUGUGACCCCCUAAGGUUCAAGUGACAGUGGGUGACCUUGUCUGCCAAGAUAUUUCCUUCAAAUGUUUGAGCCCAACUACUUGUCAUAGAUGUCUAACUGUGUCAAAAGCUGUAAACAGCAGAAUAUAAUCCAUAUGACCUUUUGUCUUGCACUUCACUUGUACAUUUCACUGUGGUGGAAAAAAAUACUUCAACUGAUUAUCACACUUGAAAUUAUAAUGAUGGUCAGUGAAAUUUAUCCCCCGCUCUUAAGUACUUUCUCAAAGUGAUAGAUGCUGCUCCUUACCCAAAAUCAGUCUUCUAGCAAUUAAGAAUAAUUUAGAGCAUUAUUUAUUUAAAGAAUUUAUGAUUUGUACAAAAUCUUACAACCAAGUACCUUCAGGAUGCUUGUUUUAUUUUUGUAUGUUUAUCACAUACAAUAGAUUGGUUUCCUGAAUAAUUGGGAUUCCAACUGGAUAGUCUUUGGCAUGAUGAUAAUAAAAACAAAAGUUAAAAUAAAAUUAAAGCAUCAGAUUCAGCUUGGCACUAUGCCCUCCACCACUAUAUGCCAAAAAUUUGCUUCUCUAGUGCCAUUUUGAUAUUCUAUCUAGCUAUAAAUAAUUCAUGACUAUUGUUUUCUAUUGAAUGUCAAAUACUUAUUGGUCUUUACACCUCUGUAAAGUGAAGAUUUUGGCAAUGAGCUGUUUAACUUGGCCAGUUACAGGCCAUCAACCCAGAAAACUCAGUCCUUUCAUGUAAUUUUUUGGGCAAGAGUGAUCUACUUUAACUGCCUCACCUGAACAAAGUAAAUAAAUAGUUGCCAGAUAGCUACUUUUAUUCUGCAUGAGAUAACAUAUUUAUAAAUGCAUGAGUUUGGAAACCACUGUCAAAUAUGAAAAGCUGAUGAGACUGUUUGAAUUGAUAAAAAAAUUGUUGUUUGAACCCAGGUAUUCAGACUGGGGAAGAAGGGAAGAUGGUUUUUAGCAUCAUUCCAA